UAGCAUUACCCUGAUACCAAAAUCAAAGAUACAAACAAAAAAAGAAAACUACAGGCCACUAUCACUGAUGAAUAUUGAUACAAAAAUCCUCAAUAAAAUAUUGGCUAACUGAAUUCCACAACACAUUAAAGUUGGGGUGCAGUGUCGCAGGUUCACUCAACCCUUCCCGUUUUCCUCUCUGUGUGCGUCUGCUUUGCUGUGUUCCCUGGUGGCAGUGGCAGUGGCAAUGUUGGUGCAUGGGCCUCCCAGGACAAGGGGAAAGACAGCAAGGCCGAGGAGAAUGGCUCCGACAGCUUCGUGCACUCCGUGGACCCACAGCUGGAGCAGCAAAUGGAAACCACGCAGAACCUGGUGGACUCUUACAUGGCCAUUGUCAACAAGACCGUGUGGGACCUCAUGACCAAGGAGUUCAUCUUCUUGGAGCUGCUCUCCAACAUGUACUCACGUGGGGACCAGAACACAAUGAUGGAGGAGUUGGCAGAGCAGGCACAGUGGCGUGACCAGAUGCUGCGCAUGUACCACGUGCUGAAGGAGCCACUCAGCAUCAUCGGCGACAUCAACACGACCACCAUCGGCACGACCCCAGGGGCCUGUGGACAACUCCUGCCUGCAGGUGCAGAGUAUCCUUGCUGGACACAGGUACCAGGGCUGGCCCCCAUGGCCCCAAAGCCCCCCAACCCCCAUGGCUGA